CGUGAUUCAACUUCCGUGUUUUUCCUUUGGUUCGGGUACUGUUUCUGCUAACUGCUGCAGCUGACCGUCUCCUUGGCUUGUUUUAUUUGGAUACCUUGUUAAAAGAACACAAUGAGUAUUGAGGUUAUUAUCGAGGAUGAACAAUCCUUUGCUGAAGCGAUACGAGAUGUAAGAAAUGAUGGGGAUGAUACAACAUACGUCAUCUGCGGCCAUGAUGAUGGAAAUCCAAACCGGAUCAAAGUUCUGUACACUGGCAGCGAUACGUCGGAGAUUGGUUCAAGGAUGGAUUCAGCAGAGAUGAUGUACGGCCUCGCCAGAUACGAAACUAAAUUUGACAUGUCAACGACAGUCAAGUUUGUCUACAUCCGUUGGAUUGGUGAGAGUGUUGCUGUUGGGAAGAAAGGUCGCUACGGAGUUGUCCACGGCAGUAUUUCGUCUCGGUUUACACCGUUUCACACCACAGUGGAAGCCAGCGCUCAGGAAGACUUGGACAACGAGAAAAUCCUACAGAUUCUGGAUGAGACGGCGGGCACCAAGUCGAAGGUGUUGGAGAUGGACCAGAUUCCCGAGCGACAGAUGAGAGGCUUCACGCAGACGCAGCUGCCGCAGCGAGAGGCCAAGAAAGGGUUCAGCGUGUCGGCUGUGGCCUCGAAGGGAGCAGAGGUGGAGUUCGCGCAGGAUGUGUACGAGGCCGUGUCGCGAGUGAGGGACAACGAAGAUUCAACCUCGUGGAUGGUCGCUGGUUACCAAGACGCUAACCCGAAAGGCCCCGUGGUGUGUAUGGGAUCCGGGGAGGGAGGUCUGAGUGAGCUCACAGCCUGCCUGGACGAGUCGAUACCGAUGUACGGGCUGUACCGAGUGACCCACACCGACAUGGAUGACAUCACCACCGUCAAAUUUGUCUAUAUUAUGUGGGUCCGCAACAAGACGAAGCCAAUGACUCGAGCGAAGAUCUCCACCCACAAGGGUAUAGCGGAGGAAGUGUUCACGCCGUCACACGUUAUGGUCUUUGCCUCGGAGCUGGCCGACAUUUCUGAGAGAGACAUCAUGGACAAGAUCCGCCAACAAUCCGGCUCAAAGUGAGAUGUGUUCUGUUCUUGCCGUCAGCCGAGAUAUAAUGGUCAGUGGGUACCACGGGUACUGGAGCCAGUGAUAAUGCUGCCUGUUUCCAUCUUCAUGUUGCCACAAACUUUAUGCAAUUGAUAUUUAGCUGGAGGAGAUCUUUUUUUUUUAAAGAAUCUCACAAUCCCAACCUCCAAACCCCCCCCACCACCACUACCCUCCCGUUCAUUUUUCAACUUGUGAUGUAUCUUCCUUUGGGUGGUUGGCAGGUGUUCUAGUGUAGUUUGCUUCUUCUUACCUAUCAAACACCAAUCGUCUUUAUCUCCCCUCCUUCUUUUUUGUGUUUGUUACUCUCUUGUAACACCUCUAAUCUUCGGCACUUAUAUGACUUUAUUGUGUUGCAAGUGCCAUAAAACACUUACUACAAAAAAAAAAUGUAUCUUCCAUCUACGUAAAACUUUUGUCCUUCUUUCAACGCACGAGUCACGCCAGACUUGUACCUGCCCUUACACUCACAUAUAUAUAUAGGCCUGUACCAUAACAUAAUCUUUGCCAUAAGGCCAGCAAGCUGUUCCUCUAGUCUAAGCCCAGAGAGCAAACUUCUUCACGAGAGAGAGAGAGAGAGAGAGAGUAAAGGCUUUAUUCUCUAAAAA